UUAGUUAUUUUAUUGUCCCGCCCUCAACGGCUUCUCGUCCAAUUAGCGAUGAGCGUGUGACCUGUCAAUGUCAGCAGGUUUGGCUGCGGCGCUUGCACCGUGUGAGGUAAAGGAGCCCCGGAGACCUGCGGAGGAGACACGGGAGUGGCGGAGAUAUGACGAGCCAAAAUUCUGGGAGCAGCAGGUCUAUGGAGAAUGGCAGCCAGAGGAAGAGGAAGGGUCCUGGAGCUUUUGCCACUGCUUAUCUGGUCAUUUAUAAUGUCAUCAUGACAGCAGGAUGGCUGGUCAUAGCGGUGGGUUUAGUGCGCACGUAUCUCGCCAAGGGGAGUUACCACAGUCUUUACUACUCCAUUGAGCGGCCCCUGAAGUUCUUCCAGACCGGAGCGCUGCUGGAGAUUGUACAUUGUGCACUGGGAAUCGUGCCCUCCUCCGUGGUCCUCACUGCGUUUCAGGUUUCGUCUCGGGUGUUCCUGACCUGGGCCGUCACACACAGCGUGAGAGAGGUUCAGAAUGAGGACUCCGUCCUGCUGUUUGUUGUUGCCUGGACAAUCACUGAAAUUAUCCGCUACUCGUUUUAUACCUUCAGUCUUCUAAACCAUCUGCCAUACAUCAUCAAGUGGGCCAGGUACACGCUCUUCAUUGUCUUAUACCCCAUGGGGGUAGCAGGAGAAUUACUGACGAUCUAUGCUGCACUGCCAUACAUCAAGCAGACCGGCCUGUACUCCAUCAGCCUGCCCAACAAAUACAACUUCUCAUUCGAUUACUACACCUUCCUCAUCCUCGUCAUGGUGUCCUACAUCCCUAUUUUCCCGCAGUUGUACUUCCACAUGAUCCACCAGCGCAGGAAAGUUCUUCACGUCGAGCGCAAGAAGUCUGAUUAACCCCGCGGGUUCCAUCAUCUCCUUCUUCUUCUUCUUCUCCUCUUUUUCCUUUUUUGACAUUUUUUUUUUCUCCCCCCAAAUCUUCUAGAAACCCAAAUGCUGCGGCCUUUUUUUGAGUGCGCCCUUUCCUAUGAGAAUGCCCGGAUGAGGUAAAUGCCUGCAGGGAUGGCGUGUUUACAUACUAACCUCGGCCACUACCCAGCAUGCACUAGGACAGUCGCGGCUGCCUCUCCUACUUUUAUACUACUAAACGCUUGAUUCCUGGUCCAGCCAGCCGGACCCCCUGAUGUUGCGGGAUGUUGUGUUGCUGCAUGCGCAGUGGACUUCCUGUUGCGAGGGAGUGAGGAUGAUGGGGGAGGUAGUGGUGGAAACAUGGUGGGGGGGGGGGAGAGGGGACCCCCGACUACUGGUACAAUAUCAAUGAAGCUUCUUCUAAAUCUGCACUGGAAUCUGCCUCAGGUCUGCGAUCCUGCACCAAUAGACCAUCAUACCUCAGCAUUGGUCCAGCAGGGGGCACUGUUCUAGCUAUCAUGGAAAAAUAGCGACGAACUGCAGCCUUCAUCCCUCCCCAAAAUAUGGGAAUAGGGCAGGGGGUCUAAUCUGCCCACCCAGAACAUUUAUGCCUUCUAGCGCUCAGGGAGGAGUUAAACUGCCCUGUCCUCCGCCAACCACUGACAGGUACGACUAUCAAAUGAUAACACUAGAUGGCGCUGUGCCUCAUAUUUUAUCCUUUACAACAGUGUUUUCCAACCAGCGUACCUCCAGCU